AGAGGCGGAAGUGACGUAGAGGGAAACGUGAAAACAGCAGCAGUGGUGUCGAUGAAUGCAUAUGAAUGUUGCGAAAUAAAAUAAAAUAGAAGAAUAAACAACAAACUAAAGAAGGGAUGUGGGCCAAAACAAUUGGUAAACAGCUGGGGAACCCGGAGCGCUCGGUCCUCGGGUGGUUGGUCAGUAAGCUCCUGAUAAACCACAACCAGGUCCUGGAGGAGAGUGCUGUGCAGCUGAGUGGGAUCCAUCCCGGAGACACAGUCCUGGAGCUGGGUCAUGGCCCAGGUCUGGGUCUGCAGGCAGCGGCUAAAUUGCUCUCUAGUCCCUUGGGCCACGUCAUUGGUGUGGAUUAUUCCGAGUACAUGCAUCAGAUGGCAGGCGAGCGACUGAAGGGACUGGUGUCGAGCGGGAAAGUGACGCUGCACCUUAGUGACGUCGCAGCGAUGCCCAUCACAGACAACACCGUGGAUAAAGUCUUCCACUGUAACUGCUACUACUUCUGGCCCAACCUCAGGAAAGCAACGACAGAGAUUCACCGCGUCAUGAAACCUGGAGGCCUCAUGGUGACGACGCUCAGGCUCAGCUCGUUGGCUCUGGCGUCGUCCAGAGGGAUUUUAGCAGCAGAGAAAUGGAACCCGCACACGUACAUGUCUGCUCUGACAGACGCCGGCUUCAUCGACGUCACCAUGGACGACCAACGCAGCCGAAACGUUCAUUUCCAGGUCAUUUACGCCACAGCGGCGCAAGAGUGAAGGUCUUUGCUCGCAGGACGUGACGGAGAAAAUACGAAGCGAAAGAAACAAAUGAUUUGUGAUCACGGCUGAAGUUUGAUGAUAAAACACAGGCAAACUCUGUCUCUGUGAAUAAAGCACUUUUAUAAACGUUUAUAAAUGUUCAAUCACGUAAAUGUGUUGAGUUAACAUUUAUAUAAAAAGAAAAUGAGAGAAAAACA